CUCGCCGACCACCACGCGACACGAGGACCAUUGUCAGCAACCAGCAUGCGCAUCGGCAGCGACGCGGAGUACGAGGUCGGGACGUCCUGCGGCCUCGGCAAGGGCGGCUUCGGCGUCGUCGUCAAGGGGCGCCACCGCGCCACGGGCAGGACCGUCGCCAUCAAGUCCCUCCGCCCGCCCGCCGACGACCCCGUCGAGCUCCAGCAGGAGGCGCGCCUGCUCCUGGACGCGAGCCGCGGGAACCCUUACGUCGUCGGCUUCCACGGCCUCGUGCAGGACCGGGCCACCGGCGCCCUCCGCCUCGCCAUGGAGUACGCCGGCCCGAGCCUCCGCGCCGUCCUAUGGGAGAGAUCGGAGCGCCUCUCCGUGAGCAAGGUCCCCGAGGCCACCGUGCGCGCCUUCAUGUGGCAGCUGCUCACCGGCGCCAGCACGAUGCACGAGCGCGGCAUCGUCCACCGCGACAUCAAGCCCUCCAACGUCCUCGUCGGGGAGGACGGGACCGUCAGGCUCUGCGACCUCGGCCUGGCCAUGUACCUGGCCACCGAGCCCAUGCCGUACUGCAGCGCCGGCACGCCGUGCUACAAGGCGCCCGAGGCGCUCAUGGGGAAGCCGGACUACGACGCGCGCGUCGACACGUGGUCGCUCGGCUGCGUCAUGGCCCAGAUGCUCACCGGCACCAAGCUCUUCGAUAGCGACGUCAAUGAGGUAGACCAGCUCUGGACCAUCUUCGGCGUGCUCGGGAUGCCGGACGACGAGACCUGGCCGGGGUUCUCGUCCCUGCCGCUCGCCGACGUCACCAUGCGGUGGCCUCUCUACGAGCAGAAGAAGCUCAGCAGGCUGGGUGAGCUGUUCUCCGAUGAUGUCAGGCUGUCCCGGGACGGAUUCGAGGUCUUGGAAGGGCUUCUCGCGUGCAACCCCGACAGGCGGCUGACGGCGGCAGCCGUGCUCGAACUACCGUGGUUCGUGCGUCUUGAUGCCUACGCUGCCGCUGAGCUCGUCGUGCUCGCGUUGCCCUGUGAGAAAACGAUCCCACCGCCGGCGACACCGAAGAAGAAGAAUAUGCUGAAGAAAGUUCCACUGGAGAUAUGGAACGCGCUGCGAACUGCAACACGUUCCAAAACGCAUGGCACCUAUAAACGCCUCUCAAACCUGUAA